AUGUGUGUCAAAGAAGCAGCAAAAACUAGUAUCUUAUCCAGACAAUGGCGGUACAAGUGGACUUCGAUUCAAUUUCUUAAUUUUAAUCUUGAAAGCCUCAGAAUUCCUGUUACAGCGAUUGAUGAUCAAUCUGCUGUCAAUAAAUAUAGCAAUAUCAUCAACACUGUUCUGUUCCGACAUUCUGGUAAUGUUCAAAAGUUUAAAAUGACCAUGUUUAACAAAAAUCGUCAUUAUGAAGUGCCUGAUGAAUUUAUAAGAUGGAUGUAUUAUCUUUUUGAUCAUGGGAUACAGGAAUUAAUCUUGGAGGGUUGGAAUCUCAAUAUUCCAUAUAUAUUCCCAUCUUACAUAUUUUCUUGCAAAUCACUUGUAGUUUUACGCCUUCAAUGUUGCAUUUUUACGUCUCCUCUUUCUAUAAUCGCGUUACCUAAGCUCAAGACCCUUGACUUGAGCAAUGCCAUUGAUGCAUGUAACAGAUGUUUUGAGAUGUUUAUAUCUCAAUGCCCUUUACUUGAAAAUUUGCGUCUAUAUGAUGUUGAUGGGAUUCUAGAUUUAACAAUCAAUGCUCCAAUGCUCAAGUCAUGCGUUUUGAAAGGAACAUUCGAGUCUAUUCACCUCAAGAAUGCUACUUUACUGUCUUUCCUCUACCUUUGUCCUUACGGUACUCAUGGAAGAUCAUUGGAGUAUUUUGAACCAGUGGAUUAUUUUCAAUCGUUUUUUCAAUUGAAAGCGUUGAGAGAAUUGACGGUCCAUGGCGAAUCGAUACAGAAUCUACUUGCAGGAAACUGCCCUGAAGCACGGGUUAAGAACUUACCUGAUCUACGGGAGUUAACGGUAUAUGAAUUGUUUCCUGGAAAUUUAGUUAUGGUGUCCAGUCUGUUUAGCCUGAUUAGAAGUUGCUCAAACCUUCAAUACCUCGAAAUUCAUGUGAAGGACUCUAUAUACAGUAUCUUGCCUUCUCUAGAAGAAUUCUUGAAGGCUAUGGGAGACCCUCCGAAAUGCUUCCAACACGUAAAAUCGAUACAUCUUGUAGAAAUCUCUAGAACAAUGCACGAGAUGGAAUUAGUAAAGUUUCUACUCAUCAACUCCCCUUCUUUAGGAAAGAUGAUUGUCAAGUCCAUACAUAAAGAUACUUGCGAAGAACACACCAAAAUGUUGAAGGAUUUGCUAAGUUUUAAUCGAGCUUCAUGCAAAGUACAAAUUAUACUUCUUAGCCAACAGCUACUAGUUGAAAUUCAUGUUGUUAUGUGCACCUUAUUAAAAAAAUUCAUGUUGUUAAGGCCAAUUUUGCCUUUAAUUGAAGGUUAUCAUAUGAGCUUCUACCUAAAGAAAAGGCGUCAGGUGCCUUUUAUUCUUGGAAGCGGAGAUGGGUAUAAAUUAAUCAUAUGGUGUUACCGUAAUGAGGUUUUUCAACAACACUCGAAGGAUACCAGGGGUAAACUUUUGCCAAAGAAUGUUGAGGCAUUGGUUACCACCCAAAAUUGGUGCCGUGGUUAUCAAGCGGAUGUUGAGGAAGACGUCCUCCUUAUUGGUAAAGAGAUUGAAGCCGAAAGUGCUUCAUCUGCAUAA